UCGCGCAUCAAAUUCAAAUUUAGAGUUUAUAAUACAUAAAAAUUCUAUUACAAAUUCAAAUGGAUUCGACAUCUGUUAUAACCAGCUGCCAAUCGAACAACUUAUCGAAGAUUUAAAUUAAACUCGUUUAUUUUGAGACACCUUGUAUAAGCACAUAUUCACACACACACACACACAUGAACAUAUAUAUAUAGAUAGACUUGUUUCAAAGAGCAUCUUCGAGCAUCGAUGCCGAUUCGUAGUUGGGACACGGUAGCGAGCGGCGAGCCUUUCGCUUUUUCCGUAUAUAUAUUUCCUCUCGAAUAUGUCCGGAGGUGUCAUCAUUUGCGAGUGGACGUCGUUUCGUUCGUCAUUGCUUCGCGAACCGUGACACGUCGCGCUCACGUAUACGCCCAAAGCUAAAUUUACUUCGCGUGUCGAAGCCGCGCGAGGCAUUCUUCUGGUUUACCGUAGCUUCAGGCUUGUCGUAUGCGUGUGUAUAUUGUGCCACAAAACGAGAAGUUCCUUGUGUAUUGUUACUACGCGAGCGUUCCGUCGAUCGAUUUUGGAAUUUAAUCCUUUGACAGACUUGUGCCGCCUGACCGACGCGUGCAAAAAAUUUGACAGAAGUACCCCCGACCGUCCGGAAUGAAUAGUGACUGACAAUUCAAUGGCAAUCCUGGCAGGACGAACAAAACGGAGAUUUCAAAAAACUGCAGCGAAAAUAUUUUGUGUUAAUCUAUUCGAUAAAAUCAGCAAACAAUGUGGCUUAAAAGCACUUUAACCCAUCCCGCGAAAAAGUUGUACAUUAUACUUUCGAUUAUGUGAAGUAAAGGCCGAAAGCGAACAAUGGAGAGCCGCGAAUAAUGAGGAUAAUAAUAAUUCGAAAAGCACGCGGCGCUUUAUUAAAAUGUGAAUAAAAUCGUUGCGUAACUAAUUUAUUCAUAGCUAUAUAUAAUAUAUGUUAACGGCAAUGUUUGUAUGUGUAAUAUUAUCUUAUAUAUGUGUAUAUAAAAACUUUAGCAAUUUUAUUUAUUUGAAUUAGAUACUGAAUUAUUUUAAAGAAUUGAUAUGAUAUCAUCCGCCACCUACAGUUUAUCUUUGGCUGAUUUUCUCUUAUCUCUAAGGUCCCAUAAUCGAUUUUCAUUAUUAUCUAUUUCUAUUCUCAUUGUCAUUAUCGUAAUCAAGAGAUAUGGUAGUGGCUCGCGCCAAGUGACCGAGUAGAGACCGACCGUGUACUUUACGGGAGUACGCGAUUUGCAAGCACUCGAGAUUAUCUGAAAAAACGUUUACUGCCAUCUUGGAAUCAAAACAUAUUAAAUUUCUACUACGUGGUUCGUAUAUACUUAUGUUUGAAACUAUAAUACAGGAAAAAAUAUUUGUAUAAAUCAUAUGUUGUUUUAUUGUAUAUAAUAACGUACGAUAUUGGAUUAUGGAUAUUUUACGGAUAUUAAUCUUCCGGUAGUUUGUCAGUUCAGAGUCUACACUUUCGCAUUUAUUUUUCAAUUCUAUUCGAUUCUCGCCAAGGUUAAAAAACCUAAUUUAAAUUCUAUACAUAGAUAGAACUGAAUACUCUAAUAUAAGUCCGAUAAUUACCAGACCUAUUAUCGUAUGUUCAGUAGUGCGCAACAGGUUUUAGAUGCUUCAUUCUAUACAUUCGUUCUACACCGUCGCAUUUAAUUCUAUACAAUCCGCUCUUCAAUUUCACGUAAUUAUUACGAAGAUCGACUGUUAUAUAAGAAAAUAAUUUGACGAAAAUGAAAUAAUUUAAAAUUUCGUCAAAGAAAUGACAUUACGGGAAUCUCUUUCGAUCAAUCCUAUAUUUCAGCAGCACGUAAGAAUGCUUAUUUUUAGAUUAUCAAAUGAUAGUAAAUAAUUGCAUCAUUAUCGGUGCUUUCUCUCGAACGAAAAGUUCGCGUCACGGUACGUGGAAGAAACGACCUGGCAUCGCUCUUGACACUUCUCUAUGAGAUGCCAGCUAACACGUAUAAUUACCAACCUGUAUACAGGCGAAUCUCAAAUUUUUGCUCGCGUCGAAAGUGGAUUUUCCUUAUCGCGUUUCUCACUUCGUGUUUCGUUUUCGUCGUACUUCUCACAAAGCAACCGUCCAUCGAGAAUACCACGACAGAACGCGAUACAUACCUAGAUGAUGUACCCGCAGAUCUGUAUGAAUCAGUGUUGCACACAUGGUACAACUUUUCUAACGGUGAAAAAUGGUACAACAAGAAGAACAUAUCUGCCUUGAGCCGGGAAGUUUUUCACGAUUUAUUAAAUGAUAUUCGUCAAAAUUGGAUAAUAUGGAAUCACGAUUCGAAGAAAUCAUAUGUGCUUCAAGAUCCAAGUGUGGAAGAUCCGUCGAUGGGCCAAUCAAAGGCAAUAAGGGAAAUUUUCAAUGAUAAGAAAAAUGGAUUUUUCAUAGAGUGCGGCGCGUACAACGGGGAAACGCGCAGCAACACGUUGUUUCUGGAGCGAUUUAAUGGAUGGUCGGGUCUCUUGAUAGAAGCGGAUCCCAUCAAUUUCACGAAGAUGCUGCAAAAAAAUAGAAAGGCCUAUCUCUCGCCGACGUGUAUCAGUCUCACUAAGAGCCCUACGGUGAUGUCCUUUCUCAUGGCCAGAAACGUGGGUCGUCUGCAUGAGCCCGAAAACAAGACGGAGACUGCACCCACGAACACGGCCGAUGUGGUUUACACGGGCGAACACGUCCGCGUGCAGUGCCUCCCGUUGAAACUCUACACCGCCGCGUUGGGAGUCAAAAUAAUCGAUUAUUUCAGUCUCGACAUUGAAGGCAACGAGAUCGACGUAUUAGAAACGAUACCGUUCAACGAGGUGGAUAUAAAGACCCUUUCUGUGGAGUACAUACAUAAUGCAAAGGGGAAAAAAUACCUGAUUGAUAUGAUGGAACGCAGAGGAUACUACGUUUACAGUUUCGUGACGCAUUCGGACAAUUUGGCGAACGAUAUCAUUUUUGUUAAACGCAAUAUGACGAGAGAAUACAGGUAGAUGGAGAGACACGGUAGUGGCUCGCGCCAAGUAAACGCGCAGCGCGAUUGUAUACACGAAAACUAUUAAUCUGAGAAUGUGAUAUUAUAAUGUAAGGGACUUGCGAGGAGUCGACUCCGCUCGAGCGUGUGAUGAGAAAGCGUGUUUUCCUCGCAUUGCCUAUUCUAUUAUCUGUUAAUGUAUUGUAUUAUUGCUUCUUAUUUAUUGCUGUAUUGUCGAUUUAUCUUGUGACGGGCUAAACGGAAUUUCUGCCCUGCUACAAGGAAUAGGCCGAAUUUGAAGAUAUAAGGUUGGUCCCACGGCGAAUAAUCGAGCAUUCCGAGAAAAGUAUAUAUUGACUGGCAAUGCGAACGGCGACUCUGUACGAAAAGAAUAAACGAGAUUAUACGAAACAGUGGGACAUAUUCUUCCUAUCAUUCAAUCCUCGUACCCUCACAAGCGCGCGUGGUUUAACAAUAAUAAUAAUUUUCCUAAAUAAUUAUUCUAAUAAUAUCUAACGUUUAAAUAUUAUUAGAAUUAUUUAAUAAUAAUCUUUUUGACGUACUAGUCAUAAUUAUAGUUGAUUGAAUCUGUCGAGAAAAUAAUGUAUUGUACGAAUAAAUAUUUUAAAUUGUUAAUGAAAACAUUCUUUGUAUUAUACAAGAUAUUUACAAAACCAUAUUUUUUUAAUAAACUAAAAUGCAUCUUUCUCCAUUUACAAUCUAUGUUUCUAUAGAAAAACGUAUGACAAAUCGCACACAACGACGUUUAGCUUAUAAUAAUUUAACAAUAAAUUAAUAAUUAUAAAUAAGAAGAAAUAAAUAUAGUUGUGCAAUCGAGAAUUUGUGAUCGUACACGACACAUUGUACUCUCAUUUGAUAGAAAUUAAUAGCAUUUUUUUUUUCAAUUACAAUUCUCUCGAAAUUUUCUAUAAUUAAUUUAUUAAUAAAUGCCUAUUAAUAAUAUAUUGUGACCUUUUCGAAGAAAAUUAAUUUUUUCAAAUUGCGAGAGAAUUGUUAACAUACGAAUGUACAUAUUAUUGGAGAUAAUAUUAAUUUGUAUUAACUAAAAGAACUCAUAUAUUUGAUCAGAAUUCAUGCGUUUUCUCUCAAUUCUUAUUAAAUAAUUUUUUAAUAAAAUAGAUCAUUUCUCUCGUGCGAAUAUUUAUU